AUGCCUAAAAUUACGGAAAUUUUCUUCGAUUGUGACAACACCUUAGUCCUUUCGGAAGAACUGGCCUUUGAGGCAUGCGCUGACCUCGCCAAUGAGAUUCUUUCAAAGCAGGGCAUUCCCGAUCGCUACACUGGCGAUCAACUGAUCAAGGAUUUUGUGGGACAGAACUUCAGAGGCAUGAUGAAGUCGCUGCAGGAGAAGUACAACUUUCAACUGCCAAGCGAUGAUUUGGAAGCCUACGUCAAGAAGGAAGAGGACAAAGUGAUUGCUAAGCUUGAAGCCAAGGCGAAACCAUGUGUUGGUGCCACCGAGGAAUUGGUUAAAGUCUUUGAAGCGAAGAAGUAUCAUCUCGCUGUGGUUUCAUCUUCUGCUUUGCGCCGGGUCCAAGCCUCCAUCAAGAAGGUUGAUCAGGACAAAUACUUCGAUCUCGAUAUGGUGUUCAGUGCAGCGAGCUCUCUUGAAAAACCUACUUCCAAGCCUGACCCUGCCAUCUACCUCUAUGCUCUGGACUAUGUGAAGAAGACCGCCGCUGAGACUGUUGCAGUGGAGGACAGCAAGUCUGGUGCUCUGGCUGCCGUUCGGGCUGGCAUCUGGACCAUUGGAUAUAUCGGCAGUUAUGGCGAAGAGAUGCAAGAAGAAAUGAGUCAGCGCUUAAAGGACCUUGGUGUGCAUAUCAUCAUGAAGCAUUGGACUGAAUUCCAAAGCUGCAUGCAGUAUAUCGAGUCUCUCCCUCCCAAGGAUUCCGCUCAAUCUUCCAGCCUGUGA